GUUUACGCUCUGUAUUUGGUUUAAAUUUUUGAAGUGUUAUUUGGCUGGUUUAGAUUCAUGAUUCAUUAUUUGAUCUAGUUGAUAAAAUCAAGAGUGUUCUCUGAUUAGCGUAGAUUAGUGGCUUUGGAUUAUUAUUAGGUUAAACUUCUUAUGUUUAUUUCCUAGAGCUAGUCAUGAAUUCUAUUCAAAGAAGCAGAGAAGGUGAUUCUGAAAUACCUUUGGAACCACGGGAGUCUAAACUGCAAGACAUAUUUGCUAAGCUUGACCAUAAUGGAGAUGGAAGGAUAGAUAUUGAUGAAUUAUCAGAAGAAUUGAAAAGACACCAUGUGUAUGUCCCUGUUCCAAAGAUUCAAAAAAUGAAGAGUACUGGGAAUUCCUUCAUCACUUAUGAUGACUUUUUGAAACUGAUGUCAAGCGGAAGGUCAAAAAAUUACUUUCAAAAAGUUUUGCUACAGUAUAUGAAGCAUGUAAUUCCACCUUCUAGCCGAAAAUCUGUUGAUCUCACAGAUGGAGAAUAUGAAGAUCAAUAUACAUGCGAACCACCAGCAAUAUGUAUGUUAUUAGUGAGCAUAGUUGAGAUAAGCCUAUUUUGUUACGAUUUAUUACUUAAAGGAGGACAUUCUUUCACUGGACCCGCUGCUAUGUUGCUCAUUUAUAAUCCUUAUAGAAGAAUUGAGAUAUGGCGAUUUUUGAGUUAUAUGUUUGUUCAUGUUGGGACUUUUCAUUUGGUUGUAAAUGUGGUUGUGCAGAUUUUACUUGGUGUUCCGCUUGAAAUGGUUCAUGGUUGGUGGCGUGUUCUUAUAGUUUAUGUGUCUGGAGUAGUGGCUGGAUCCCUUAGUACUUCAAUCACUGAUCCUAAGGUGUAUUUAGCAGGAGCAUCUGGUGGUGUUUAUGCUAUAAUUACUGCUCAUGUUGCAUCAAUAAUUAUGGUUUAGAGUAAGUGUUAAGAUGUGGAAUGGGGUCCUCUCACCCAAGAAUAAAUGUAUAGCUACUUGAAUAAAGAAAUACUGACCCAGUCAAUAAUCUGAAAUUAAGGUUUUGAGAAAUUAAAUAGACUGAAGUAUUGUACAUGCCAACAACCACCAUGGCAGCACCUUUCCGGUAGGCCUUGUCUCUUUCAAAAGUUAAUAAACCAUUAUUAUGUCUUAAAAUGUAAAUAUUAAUAAAAAACAUUUUAAAAGUUGUUUAAAAAGAAUCUAACAUUUUUAUGUAAUUGAUUAACCAGUUGCAUAUAAAAGUCACUAAUGUGUUGAUAUGAUAACAUUCAAUAUCAAAUAAAAUGUACACACUAAGUUUCACUUCCUUAAUUGGUCUUUAAUCUUUAUUAUAUUAGUUUAAGUUUGUUUUUAUAAAUCAAUUUGGCUAGGAGUUGUCAUAUUUUUGUUUACAGAGAAUUUUUAGUUUCUUGUUUUAGUUUGUAUUAUGCAUAUUAUUUGAAAUUGUACAAAAAUGUUAAAGUAUGUACAGACUAAGUUUGGUCUCGUAUGAGAAGAAAACAUUACCAUUGGCUAUUGUCUCAAAUGCCAAUUGCUGUAUUCUUUGCCAUUUUGUGCCUACUUGCUGAUAAUGGCACUGGAUAUCUUAAACUGCCAAUUUACAAUUAAGUGGUUUUUAAUAUAAGGUAGGUAUUUUCCUCAUUGAUGUUUUCUACCAUAGCUUAAAUGCCGAUUUUUCAAAAUUUCUUCCUCUAAAGUACCUUUAAUUUGAUUUAUUUUAGAAAAUUCACCAUUUUACAUUGUAAAUAAUGAUAAAAAAUGGUUAAUUAUAAAUAUUGAAAAAAAAAAAUUACUAUCUAAAGGAGAAAUAUGGGAUGAUAAUAAGAGACUGAGAAUUGCCAAAGAGACUCGAGUGAGCACUCAAGCUUGACGGAAAGUUAAGAUAGUUUUCUAAAUGUAACAUGUGCAUAAUAUGGUAUAUCAUAGAUGAGGGACAUGUGGGUUCCCAUGAUAUUAUAUAUUUAUACAUGUCAGUAAAAUCUAUAUGUUUUUUAAAACACUAUAAAUUACCAUUUUGGGGUUUUAUUUGAGUAAAUAUCAUAGAAACUGCUGUUUCUAUGAGUAAUUUAUAAUAAUUAUAUUUGUUUUAACAGUAUACAUGAUAUUAGCUAAAAUAAAAUCCCAAAAUGUUAAUUUCUUAUGAUUAAAAAAAACUUCUUGAUUUUUGAAUGAACAUUUACUAUUAAAUGUUAAAUGACUCUUGAACUAUUAAAUGUUAAAAGCUCGCUCUCUCUAUCACAGCUCAAAUUGAAGCUGAUAGAAUGCACUACUACAAAGUUGUUUAUGAUAACUGUUGUCUAUGAUAAUCUUUGAAGGAAUGACUGUUUCCUUGUUGCUUCUUAGGCCCCUUUCACACUGAAGAUGCAUGCAUCUUGAACAUUAGACGGCGUAAUCAAAGAUACAAGUUUUCACACCAAUGAUACAAAUGCGUUUUACAGCCUGGAUGCAAGACGCACUUGUCUCUUGGGAACCAGCCGGCUGGGAUUUUCAGCAUGCAUCUUUGUUGUACUGGUCUUGCAUACUCUCCCCUUCCACCUCGCCCCACCCCACAGUAGGACAAUAAACGGAUUUUCGUGGACAUGGACCUAGAAUUUGUAAAUUAUGUCAGAUUUUAUAUUUAGUACCCUUAUGUUUUCAUGUGCUAUUUAUGACUUCAAAAUUAGGAAAUAUCCUCGAAAAACAUAGAAAAUUCCGGUUUCUUUGUUUAAACCUGGCAAUUUUUCAACCUGACAAUAAAUUAACUUCGAAAAUAAUUAAGAAUUUUUGAAACACAAAACUUUAGAAUACUAUUUAUAACUACUGUCUAUAUUACUACAUAUAAUCUCUAUUGUAAAUUUUUUUGUAAUUUAAAAAACACAAAAUAUAAUUAUAUGUUUAUAUGUAAUAACUAUAAAAAUGUAUCGUUUAUCAAUUACAAAUAUUCAUUUUACAAUAGCUCUUAUGGAAUAAUAACAUUAAUUUUAUUUUCAUCACAAUACAUCACCGAUAAUGAUAUUAUAAACACCAUCGAUACUUCCUCACAUUAUCCGAUAAAAAAAAAAUACUUAUGUUUUUCAUUAAUUUUAAAGAUUAUAUUAAGAGUAACUGAUACAGAUCAAG